AUAGUGAGCGACGAACUCUUGGCCUACUUCGAAACUUUCAUUAACCUCUGGCUCCUGACCCCUAUCACCGGGUUUGGAGUGGUCACGAAUCUGCUCAACAUCUUGGUGUUUUGGAGACAGGGCUUCAAAGACGGGGUCAACAUCUCCAUGACGACCAUCGCCUGCUGGGACUUGCUCAAAUGUGGGACAGGACUCAUCCAUCGCAUGUACGGACCGGUCGGUCUUGUGUCAACUGCUGCGGCUAUUUCCUGGCAGAACAUUACGUUUCCUGUCGCCUCCUACACUCCAAUCUUUGCUGGCUACGUGUCUUACGCCCUCACCACAUACGUCUCCAUCGAGCGGUGUCUUUGUGUCAGUAAGCCCUUCACCGUCAAGGCGUUGUUCACGCCCAGGCUCACUUUUUGCGCCAUCGCAACGAUUUCCAUUGUGGUUUUCGGCUCGUAUGUCGUCAUGUACUUCAUCCACGAGAUCGCCUUCGUUUUUGCGCCAAAUUUUAACACAACCGUAGCCAUCUACAGAUAUACCAGUUUCUUUUUUGCCAACCAGGCUAUCGUCAUGGUCUAUUACAAAUACGUUGGGAUACUUCUGCCUUUUGCCAGCUUCACAGUGCUUUGCCUGUGUUCAGCUACCACAGUUUAUCAACUGAGAAAAUCCUCGAGAUUACUUCACAAGGAGAAAAAUGGAACUACUAGGAAUUCUGAGUUUUCCCGAAAGAUUAAAUCGGGAAUAUCCCUUAGAGAGAAGCAAGUGGUCAAGAUGCUCCUGGCUGUCGUAAUGGUCAACAUCGGGAACCUGUUUCCUAGGAUCGUCUUCUACGUGGCACAGCUCGUCGAGCCUGAGCUGUAUCUGCUGCGCCGGUACCACAACAUGUUCGGUGCUGUCGCAGUGUGGCUGUUUGUUCUGGACAUUCUCAAGGCGUCGAUCAACUUCUUUCUGUUCUUGUCUAUGGGUUCGCUUUUUAGAAUCAAAUUCUAUGCUAUGUUUGGCAGCUGGGGGAGGCCUGGUAAAAUAUGA